UUGGGACAGUAAAUGUGAUCCUGAUGAUUUUUUAUGGUCUUUUGAUUUCAUCUUGUAGUAUCACAGCUUAUUCAGGAUGGAUUUCAAAAAAGUAGUGAAGGCGAAGAAGAAAAAGAAGAAGAAGAAGAAGAAGAAGAAGAAAGAUGGACAGGAAGAAAGGAAGAAAAGACGGAAGGAAUGAAAGAAAGAUGGAAAGGAGGAAAGAUGGAAGGAAGGCAUGAAAGAAGAAAGGAAAGAAGGAAGGAAUUAAAGAAGGAACGAGGGAGGAAGGAAGGAAGGAAGGAAGAAAAGAAGUAAGGGAAAAAGGUAGGAAAUAAGGAAGUAAUAAGGGAAGGAAGAAAGAAAGGUGGAAGAAAGGAAGGGAAGAAGGAAAGAAGGAAAGAAAGAUGGAAGGGAGGAAGGAAGAAUGGAACGAAGGAAGGAAGGAAAGAAAGAAAGAAGGAAUGAAGAAAGGAAGGAAAGAAAGAAGGAAGGAAUGAAGGAAGGAAGGAAAGAAAGAAGAAAAAAGGAAGGAAAGAAGGAAGGAAGAAAGCAGCAAGGAAAGAAUGAAGGAGGGGAGGAAGGAAGGAAGAAAAAAGGAGGGAAGGAAGGAAAGAAGAAAAAAUACAGAAAGAAAGAAAGAAAGAAAGAAAGAAGUCGUGCAGAAAAAAAUCUGACGGUUUUGCACAUUCACUGCACCAAACAAUCCAGACCAGUGUGUGGCAGUAAGACACUUAAAAGCUGACUUCUUCACCGGCAAAAACAUAAACGAAGAAGACUCGAGUUCUUACAGCGCGCGUGAUUGCUCUGAUGCUGUCACGUGAAUACUGGGGCAUUGGGGAGGGGGGACAAACAUGGCCGAGGAGUCGGGGGAAGUAAACACAGCUGUAGAGGAUGGAGAAGCAAAACAACAGCAAGAUGAAACAGAAGUUUCGGACGUCGUCGCCGAAGGAGAGUCUGACGGCAGUGACGGACAGGACCUGGCAGAGAAGCCCGCUCCAGCGGCGGCGGCGGCAGAGAACAGUUGGUCGGCUCCCAUUCUGUCGCUCGCUCGGAAGGCCACGGAGACGAUCAGCAGCGGAGUGAACUACGCUGCUGCACAGAGAAAUGCCUCACAGGGGUCCGCUCCGAGCUCCCCGUCUGAAAGAGAGUCCGAAAAUGAUGUAAACAACUCUUCAAAAACACUUCCAGGUAUUCUGCGACUAUUUGUAACCACAGACACAACAUUUACACCCUGUUUAUCAGCUUAGUGGUAUAAUUAUAGAGCCUCAAAGUCCCUCUUAUUACUUCCCCCUGGACACGGCUAAUGUCAGCUGUCUGUAGACACAUGACUUCUACUGCAAAGCUUUGGUUUGAUGGUCUGAUGACCGUGCACACAUUAAUACGGUUCUUCCUGUCAGUGUUUAUUCCACAUUUAAUGCACACACGCCUUCAAAGUGACCCCUCCAAGCCUGCAUCUGUGGACUGAUCUAAUUUCCAAACUUUCCUUCACAGUUCUGCCUCCCAAAGAUCCCAUGGCAAUAGAAAGAUCCAACCUUCUCAGCAUGUUGAAGCUGAGCAUUAAAGUAUUAAUUCAGUCCUCCUUGAAUCUGGGCAGGACGCUGGACUCGGAUUACCCUCCUCUGCAGCAGUUCUUCAUUGUCCUGGAGCACUGCCUUAAACAUGGACUGAAAGGUGACAAAGAGCUCCCCAGUAGGACUACUUUCAUAUUGUUUGAAGCCAGAAAGCUUAUAUAACUUUUACACAUUUUUUUUCAGCCAAGAAGACCUUCAUUGGUCAGAACAAGUCCAUAUGGGGACCUCUGGAGCUGGUGGAGAAGUUGUGUCCAGAGUCUGCAAACAUUGCCACAAGUGCCAGAGACCUUCCCGGCAUUAAGUAUGAUUGCUUUGCUAAGCUAAUUUUUUCCCAGGUGAAGCUACACUGUAAAAAUAAACUUAAUACAAAUUAUUUAUCUUCUCUGUUAUUUGCUUUCAGAACCGGUUUGGGGAGAGCAAGGGCUUGGCUGCAUCUGGCACUCAUGCAGAAGACAGUGGCAGAUUAUAUGAAAGCUUUGCUUGACCGCAAAGACCUCCUGAGGUUCGUAAACAUUGAAAGCCAUACAGCUUUUAGACUUACUAAUUUCUACUUCAUUAAUCAAAAUUUUCAUAUUUUUUUUCCUCAACCUGUUUCUGUCCCUUCUUAGUGAGUUUUAUGACCCUGGAGCGUUGAUGGUGGAGGAGGAGGGGGCAGUGAUGGGGGGACUCCUUGUUGGUCUCAAUGUCAUUGAUGCCAACCUCUGCAUUAAAGGGGAAGACCUUGAUUCUCAGGUGAGUGCAGGCAGGUAACGUAGGCCCACUCACGAUCCCAGGAACUCAUGAGACAAAGUAAUGAGUUUCUUUUUUCUAUUUAGGUGGGAGUCAUUGAUUUCUCUCUGUAUUUGAAAGACCCUGCCAACAGUGAGACUCCAAAAGAGUGAGUGUCCUUCUCCAGAUAGUAUAAAUGUAUCACCUGCUUUUUGUUUGUUUUAGUUUGCUCUUAGUUAUCUUUGAGGAUUCACCUCAAAGCACCCUGCAAUGUUUUUAUUCGUUGUCUUUUCAGUGACACCAAGAUGACAGCCAUACUAGAUCAGAAGCACUACAUUGAGGAGUUAAAUCGUCACCUCAGCGGCACUGUCACUGACCUACAAGCUAAGAUGGACUCUUUAGAGAGGACCAACAGUAAACUUGUUGAGGAGGUGGGUGAAUUAGUCACAGGGCCGCAGGUGCACGUUUUGGAGAUUUGAUGUGAGAUUUCACUUUUGGACCAAUAAGUAUAAGUAUUUUCUCUACUCAGCUGACAGCAGCAACAGACCGGAUCAACUCACUGCGGGAAGAACAGGAACACUUGAGAAAGGAGAAUGAGACGAUCCUGCAGUCCAGCCAGAAGAAGGAAGAGGUCACAAAGCAUCUACAACAACUACAACUACUUGACCUCAGCCUGACAGAGGAAAUGAUUACCCAGCUCUUUUAUGUUUUUCUUUUUCAGGCGGCUCUUCAGGACAGCCAAGUGGAGCUGGAGACAUACAAACAGACCCGACAGGGUCUGGAUGAAAUGUAUAAUGUUGUGUGGAAGCAGUAUAAAGAAGAAAAGCGCAUUCGCCAGGUCAGUCAUGUUCAGUCCACAUCAGCUGUGACUUGGCAGUUCUGUGGUACUUCAUGGGGAGAAGAGGUAGAUUUCUUUUAUUGCAAAAAAUCCUGAUUCUUGUCUCCUUGUCUACAUGGCUGUAGGAGCUGGAGCGCGAAUUAGAGCUCCAAGUGGGUUUUAAACAGGAGAUGGAAGUGGCCAUGAAGUUGCUGGAAAAGGACACGCAUGAGAAACAGGACACACUGGCGGCUCUGCGGCUCCAACUCGACCAAGUCAAGACUCUUAAUGUGCAAAUGUUCCACAAAGCUCAGGUAUGCAGAUAUGAGAAUGCCUUUUCUUCUUCUCCUGGCCUGUCUGAACACAGUAAAAUACAGUUUAGUUGGUUUAUUCAGUAGUGAAGUGGUUGAUGAGCAUUUUUUCAUAUUGCCACAAGGGACUUAAGUUUAUUGUCCAGCCAUCUGUAAUAUUAAAAGCUCCCUAACAAUACAUCUGUUGUCACAGACAUAUCUGAGAGCUGCAGCUGAUUGUGUUUGCCUUGAUGUUUUGUUGUUUUUAUGGGUAGGCUACAAAACUGAAUUCAGGGAUAGAUAAAAUUCUUUGAAUUGAAUCAAAUUGAAUUAGCAACAACACAAGGUCAAUGUUUGGGUUAAAAGAAAAGAAAGCCAGAUACUAUUAGAUUUGAUAUGAUGCUAUGUAGGAAGGGAAAUGGUGUUGGUUGUGGACAUUGUCCUUGUGAGCACUGAUGGUGAUGUGAUGCAGGUUAUUUCAAAAUGUGAAUUAUCCCUUGAUUAAUUGGCCAAACAAUGAAUUGUCCCAUUUUUACUGUUUAGGAUUCACAACGAGAGGCAGAGAAAAAGCAGGAGGAGGCUUUGCAGCUGGAGCAAAAGAUGGAUGAAAUGGAAAAAGCCAUGAAGGAAUUAGAGCAGAGGUACUGUGCACAUCAUGUUACCUUUUCUAAUACAGUGGCGGUCCUUCUGUUAAUAUUCAUCUUGGUUAUUUUUUUGCUUUCUAGACUCCAAAACUCAGAGUGUCAGCGCAAACAGAGUGACCAGUCAGACAGAGAUUUGAAGGUGGAGCUGGAAGGGAAAGUGGAAGCUCUUCAGAAACAACUGACUGACCUGGACUCACUGAGGUUAGAACUCAAACAGCCAACAAAAUAAAACACAAAUAUAUAUAACGGUUGAUUUGGAAUUUCUUAAAAACUACUGGAUAGAGCUCAUCAUAAACCAAAGUUAUCAUCAUCUCUCCUAAAAAAAGGGUGAAGUUGAACAUGUAAAUGUAAAUCAUGUAAAUUACAUUUCAGCAUUUAACUAGCGUGAGUCAAUACCAGACUGAAAGGCAAUGAAAUGAUAACAUCUGCGCUACUUUUGCUGGGAUGUCAGUUGAAAAUGAGAUGAUGCAUCUCAAGGUGUCUCUUCUUAUAAUUAUCAAUUUCCUCCCCAGUUUCUCUUCCUCCCUUAUUUUAGUAAAGGAAAAUAGUGUCUAUUGAAUGUGCACAGCAAACAUCUACAGCUUUUCUCUCCUUGUAUUUUGACAGUUACUAAAUUAUAAUAGACAAUGUUUCAUAUUAUAUUUCAGUCCCAUUAACAAAGAAAACUGGGGAGGUUUCGACUAUGGACUUCGAUGAGAAUAGCUCCUAGGUUUAGUUUAAGCUUGAAUGAGUUGCAGACAAAAUUGGUCUUUUUGUACCAGUGGGUUUCAUUCGAAGAUUAAAGUUGUUACAGUUUGAGCUAAAUCCUCAUAAUUCUUUUUGGACUUAAGAGUCUUACAAAUCACUGAGUUGUGUAAUUUCGGUGCCUCUCUCUGAUUUCAACUAAGAUUUCUUUUGUUGAUUAAUGUGGAAAAAACACAAAGGCUUAAGUACCCCUCAGCAGUCACAGUGUCGUGUCUUUUGUCAGGCUGGGUUUGGAGAAUGAGCUGCGAACAGAGAAAGAACAGAGACAGAGCCUGCAGAAAGCUCUGCAGCGGGAACAGGACAACAGCGUCGAGCUCCGCACACAGCUGCAACAACUCCAGGGCCUGCACACGGUCAGUGGUACACAAACACACAUGUAUGGAAGCCAUUUAACUCACUUUGGAAGUGGUGCAGAACAGUAGUACAAGCAUAAUCUAUCAGAGUAAGGACAGAUGCAGAGACAAAAUAUCAAAUGUUGAAACCGAACAUUUUUCUUGUUUGUACUGCAAAACUUGUAUAUUGUCCAGCAUUUAUGUUUCCUUCCCAGAUGUACAAAUAAGCCGUGCAAUGGGCACUUACGCCUCUCCAUACCAUCGUAGAUGCUGGCUCUUGAACUGUUUACUGACAAUGCUGUCUAUGGUUUGAAAAAAGACAAUCAGAUUUUUCAGAUAACAGGAACGUUUUCUACUUCUGAAAUGGGCUCAGAGAAGUUGCCAACACUCCUAGAUUGUAUUUUUACAUGAUACAAUUUAUACCUGCAUUUGUGCAUGCAACAACAAAUAGUGUCUACUACUGUGCGGUUUUUGGAAGUGUUGAAAGUGGAUUUCCCCUGCAGAGUCAUGUCUGAUUUGAAUGCAGUGCCCUCCAUGGGUCCACAGAUUACACUCUAGCACAAUUAAAUUGCACUUAAAAUAGACUUAAGUGUCUGUAAUCACUAAAAUUAUGGAUUUCUGUUCUAGGCCUCUCCUGUAUAACUUUUGUGCUCAUCAGAUUGAAAUUAAUUUGUCUGAAAAUUUCUCUAUUCGAACAUCUCUUCAGGAUUUUACUGCAGCAGUUUGCUCGGUGCAUUGCCUUGCAGAAUUUCAUUUAUCCCUAGUAAAUUUGGUAUGUUGGCAGAAAAAUUCAAAGCAAUAUACCAAAUGACCUUAGUUUUGCCUCUUACUUGCCUCCAAGUAAUAAUAGGAUACUAUGAGCUACAGUAGGAUAAAGAGCAUAGAGCCACUUUUUGGUACCGAUAGUUAUAAGUCACUGUGUCAAGUGCGCAGUCAGCACAAAUCAGCUUUGUCAUUUGCCGAAUUACCAUUUUGAACAGUAUAAAUGUAAAACACGUUCAUAAUCCUACUGCUAUAUAAUCAUAAAAUUAGUGCAUUUUCUGACGUUAAUAAUUCGGUCUCAGAACUAGUUAGUUCAGAGUGAGGGACUUGGGCAAGUUAAAGUUCAGCUUAUAGGCAGCUUGGUCUUACUCUCGCUUAUGCUGCCUUUACACUUGUCAGCACUGUUGGCACUCUUUAAACAUUUUGGGUAUCACGACUGUGUUGAAGUGUUGUUGUUAACCUGUGAUCUGAUGGCGCAGGAGCUGCAGGAUUUGAAACAGGAGAAACAACAGCUGCAGCAGACAUGUGAGCAACAGGAGCAAGCCCUGCAGGAAAUGGGGCUUCACCUCAGCCAGUCAGUAUCAUAGCUUUUAUCAAUUUUGUCUUCCAAGGUUAAUUACCGUCUUAAUAUUUUAAUGUUUUGCUCAUCUUUGUCAAAGGUCUAAACUCAAAAUGGAGGACUUCAAGGAGGUGAACAAAGCACUGAAGGUAAAAAUAAAAACCACAUGUAACUGUACAUUAAUAGUUAUUAAAUCAGAGAAGUUUGCAGAAUCCUCAACUUGUAAUUUUUCCCCAUUAGGGCCACGCUUGGCUUAAAGAUGAUGAGGCCACCCAAUGCAAACAAUGCCAGAAAGAGUUCUCCAUUGCACGCAGGAAGGUAGGCUCUCAUUCACGACAGUUUAACUCUCUCUCUUCAUUAUUUAUCUCCGACAUGUUAAUAAGCGGCGCGUGUUCAUGUGUUGUAGCAUCACUGCAGAAACUGUGGAGACAUCUACUGCAACAGCUGUUCCAGUAAUGAGCUGGCCUUACCCUCCUACCCUCGGCCUGUGCGGGUGUGUGACAUGUGCCACGCCCUACUGCUGCAGAGAAGCUCCUCCACAGUGUCCUGACAAAACACCUCCAAGAAGUUUCCCAUCACGGCACAUACACAGCCAACAUAAUUCCUAACUACCAUGUUACAAGAAAAGUGUCAUCAGAUAUUAUGGAAAUGGGACUUGGUGUUGCAUUUCCAUGGUUACCUGAAAUUCAGGAAUACUAACAUAAGUAAGGUCCGCCUGUAACACUGAUGGAUGAGCUAAUAUACUUUAUGCAGACUGUUAAUGAAGACCAGUUCAGUUUAGUACAAUGAUGGGAUCAUUAUUUUUAAGGGGCUGGAAGGACAUGAGUUUGAAGCAAAAUAAACCAAUCAUUUUAAAAGUAAUGAAGGAUUUCUAAUCCAAACGUGUCAAUUAUGGUCAUGGUCCCACUCAAGGUCUCUGUUGGUAUUCAGCUUUUGUUCUGGAUCAUUAUGUUGCUGGUUUGUAGACUGAACACAUGUACUUCACUUUGCUAUUGAUCAGCUAGACAUGCAUCUCUUUCUGUGACAGUUUUUGCAGCUGCAGCCCCGCCCACUGCUGGAUACCACGAAACUUGUCUUGUAAAUGACUGUAGAAUGUUAACAAAGCAAAACUAUUUUAGAAUGUAUUAUAACACGGUUUUGUGGAUUGUGUUAAUUGCUACAAAGCCAUUUUCUUAAUUUGGGAAUGGUGACCAAAAGUUUUUUAUCUAGAUAUUUGAUAAAUGAAUAAAAGCGCCUCUUUCUGAAA